CACAAAGCAACAAAUAUGGCGGUUCGCUUCAACGUACUUUGACGUGACAGUUAUCAACAGAUGAGCUAAAGGGAACCUUUGCGAAGGUGUCAACAUUUUUCAUCGUGGUGUUUUUAUCUGUUUCCUCUUUCUUGACUUCUGAGGUCUAAAAAAAAUCAUAAGAGAGAAAGCAAUGCCUUCUCCUAAGGCUAAAAACGCCGGCCGCAGAGACGGAAGCCCGGUUCUCGGCAGCUCCUUUGAGUUCGUGUCGCUGACGAAGCCGCUGAACCGGUCCUCCUCACCGCACCUCCUCCAGCGACAGGGCUCCGACCCGAACACCGCCCGCCUCCGGGCCUCGGAAAGCCCAUCUCGUCGCAGGGGCUCCGGGUCCUCAACGGGCUCUGCGAGCGGCCAGGGGCCACCUGAGGAGGACGGAAUACGACUCAACCCGUCCCUUAUCGCCAUCUCCCUCAGUUCCCUGCUCGCCAUUGACCUCUGGCUGUCCAAGCGGCUCAGCGUCUGUGCCUUUGAGGACUCCUCCUGGGGCAGCGCGCGCCCACUGAUGAAGCUGAUCGAGAUCUCCGGUCACGGCAUCCCGUGGCUGGCAGGUGCUGCUUACUGUCUGUAUAAGAGUGACAGUGCUGCAGGACAGGAAGUCAUGCUCAACCUGCUGCUAGGCCUCCUGCUGGACCUCAUCCUGGUCGGUAUACUUAAAGCGGUGGUGCGUCGACGUCGCCCAUCUCAUAACCAAAUGGACAUGUUUGCCACUUUCUCUGUGGACCGCUACUCCUUCCCUUCGGGUCACGCCACCCGAGCCGCUAUGUGUGGGCGGUUCCUGCUGGCUCACCUGGUGCUGGCUACGCCGCUGAGGGUCCUGGUCUUUCUCUGGGUGGGCCUGGUGGGGCUCAGCCGCGUGCUGCUGGGAAGACACCAUGUUACUGAUGUGCUGUUUGGGUUUUGGAUGGGUUACUGCCAGUACAAGCUGGUGGAGAUACUGUGGCUCUCUCCUCCAGCUCUGCAGGGGCUGCUGGGGCAUUUAGCUUCAUUUUAGAGACUGUAUGAAGGAAAGAGGGAAUGAAAAAGGUUUUUAUUUAAAGGGCCUCUGCACAUUUUUUCAUUUUAAUUUUAUACUUUAACAUUUUCUUGUUUUAUGGAGGAGAAUUCAUGAAAGUUCUGCUUGUGAUCUUUCCUUUCUUCUGAGUUUUCAGUUUCUUAAAUGUCAUUUUAAUUUAAAUGUCAAAUGUUAUUUUAAUGGUAACCAGGCGGGACCUGGACUGAAUCAGCUCCUCUUGGUUUCACCAACAGUCUUACAUUCAAGCAUUUUUGCACAUCAUUCCAAUUAAAUCUGCAGUUUUAAUUGCUAUGUUAUGGCUAAUUUCAAGAUAAUCCUGGAGAUGAAAUGGGGAGUGACACAGUUUAUUACUUUAGUCACCACAAACUAACUAAAUAAUUCCCUAUAAUUCAGAGGAUCACUCAGCAGUGAAUAAAUAGCCAAGCUUAGAUGUCUGUUUAUAAAAUCUAAUGAUUAAUAAAGUUCUAGCUUGUUUCCUUUAGUUCAUGCAGAGGCACGCAAACAUAAGUACCAGCUGUGAAUUCUGAUCCAUAAACAGACUGAACAAUAAAAACUCUGCAUGUUUAGAUGUUUUCUACUUGUGAAUAAAGUUGCACAUGGUGUCACUGCUGUGGUAAUGUGUCAAAGUGACACUUGUCUCCGACAUGUGGGUUAGGUGGACCAUAUAGUCAGUUAUAUGUUAGCAGGAGUUCACCAGUAAUACUAUCAGCCAUAUGGUGUCCUCCUGUCCAUCAAAGUGCUCAUAGAACAUUUCCUAAUUAACCUUUUGUGUUUUAUAUUCUCAUAAUAAUGUCAGCAUCUGUAGAUUGUUAUUCUAAACACAUUGAACUGCAGACGGUUUUGCAAUGAUUGGGUUUACCUUUACUGAAUCACAUCCAACCAUAUAGGGCAGAACUUAGAGACUUUAGGGUCUGAUGGAGUUUCUGAUUCUAGAAUCAUUUGCUUGCAUGUAGGUGGCUUCUGCUAACUUCUCACAGCAGCCAUGUUGGUGCUCUAACCUCACCAGUAGGUCGUCAUAAUGUUCUGGUUUACCUGUGCAUGCUAAGCUAUAUUAGCUGCACCAGAGGGAGAAGUUUCCAAAGCUUCUAUAUGCAUGAGUUCAUCGGUGCCUGCUCUGGGUUUCAGGUUUUUCUGUCAUUAAGCUGAUUUUCUUUCUUUCUAACUGAUGUUUUUGUAUUUUGUUUUACUUUUUUUUUUUACAUUAGGUAACUGAGGAACAAAUAUUUCCCUAAAGUUUCAAAAUUUUGAGAGAAUCUUGGAAGGAAAUUAAAUAAAUGUUUGAUGAACUACAAGGUAUGUCUGUAAAAACAUUUAAGGAAACUUAAAAACUGUUAAUUGUCUGAACCUUUUGGAUUUAAGGGUUUUAGCCUUAAAUGUUUCUGAAGCUUAAAAGGAUUCUUUUUAUUUGGCAGAUCCGUCUCAGAAUGUGCUCCUUAGUCCCUAAAGUCACAUAUAAAAGAAGAAAAUGUGUCAAAGAAUUAAUCCUGGUUUGACUUUUGUGUCGAUACUAAUUCUCACUGGCAGCUGCUAAUUCUUUUAUUUAAAAUAACUUAAAUGCAUUUUUUUAAGCCAGUUUCAGAUUUCUGUCUUACAUUUAAAAUCCCUUCUUUUCCAUAUCUUCAAGUAUAACUUUAUUUAUAGGAUUCCUCUCAGCAAUGAAAGAAUAGAUUCUGUCUCUAAUACCUUAAGU